AUGACUAUGCCCUCUCCAGAAAUGGGGGAGUUUAAGCGGAAGUUCAAUAAGCUAGCAACAAAGCAGUUAGGAAUAUUUGCGGAGAAGACCAGGAAGAAGGUCGCUCAGGAGCUAAGCCAUCUGGAACCUCCGAGCUACCGUGCUCAUCUGUUUGAUGAGGCCUUGAAGUAUUGGAUGGACAGCUAUGCAAUUGAGAAAAGGAGGAUGAUGAGGCGGGGUUGUGGACCGUCACAGGACUUGGAUUGGAUCAAUUUUUUGGCCCUGGCUUCAGUUCCUGCAAAGUCGACUGAGAUGGUCCCGGAUGUGUAUGCGAAUGUAUCAAGGGAGGAGUCAGAAGGAGAGAAUAAGGAUCCAUUAGGUUUUACCUUCUUCAUGGUUAGCAUCCUGGCCGGGCUAGGCGUGCUCUUCCUAAUUUCCAUUUCCUCUCAUGGAUGGCUGUGGGAGAUCUGA